AUGAAACAUUUUCCAUCGCACCCAGUCUCUCCCAACACCUCCUGCACACACGACCAGGCCAACUGUUUUCCCGAUGGUGUCAAUAGCACAAAUUCGACCGGGCCGGGGCCAUACCCUGACUUUUAUAUCGCCAUCCCCAUCAUAUAUUCAGUGAUAUGUGCGGUUGGGUUAACGGGCAACACAGCCGUAAUCUAUGUUAUACUCAAAGCCCCGAAAAUGAAAACAGUGACAAACAUAUUCAUCCUGAACCUGGCCAUCGCCGACGAACUUUUCACUCUAGUUUUACCUAUAAAUGUCGCGGACUACCUUCUGCUUCAGUGGCCCUUUGGCGAGCUAAUGUGCAAAUUAAUCAUUUCCAUUGAUCAAUACAAUACAUUUUCCAGCAUUUACUUCUUGACGGUCAUGAGCAUUGACCGGUACCUGGUGGUCCUAUCCACAGCCAAGUCCAAGAAAAUGUCAUAUCGCACUUACAGGGCGGCGAAGAUCGUCAGUAUCUGCGUUUGGCUCUUCGUUACCGUCAUCAUUUCGCCCUUCACGAUUUUUGGCAAGAUUCACGAUGACAAGGGCAGGUUGCAGUGUGUCUAUGUGUUCCCACAUCCCGAGGUUCUGUGGUGGAAGGCUAGUAGGAUUUACACUCUCCUGAUGGGAUUUACCAUUCCAGUAUCCACAAUCUGCAUCCUGUACACAAUGAUGCUGUGUAGAUUGAGAAACAUGCGUCUGAACACUAACGCCAAGGCUCUGGAUAAAGCAAAGAAAAAGGUGACAAUAAUGGUGAUGGUUAUCCUAGCUGUUUGCCUGUUCUGCUGGACGCCCUACCAUUUGAGUACGAUUGUGGCGUUAACAACAGAUAUUCAACAGACCACAGUUAUCAUUGGGAUCUCCUAUUUUAUCACCAGCCUAAGCUAUGCUAAUAGUUGUCUUAAUCCUUUUCUGUAUGCCUUUCUGGAUGACAGUUUCAGAAAAAGCUUUCGGAAACUGAUAGAAUGCAGAGCAACGCCUAAUAUUUAG